AUGUUGCAUUUGUCCAAAUAUGCAAUAAGCCCCUCCUCCCGAUUCUCCCUGCAGAACGCCAUCAUGAGCGAGAGGAGAUCCAACCAGCGCUUCCACAGCCUCAACGCAGAGCAGGUGGAGGUCCUGGACCAGGUGCUCUCGGAGGUGGUUCCCAUCCACGGCCGGGGGAACUUCCCCACGCUGGAGCUUCGUCCGCGGGACAUCAUCAUGGCAGUGAGGGCCCGGCUGGAGAAGCAGGGCAUCCUGGUGAAAGACGUGCGGCUGAACGGCUCCACGGCCAGCCACGUGCUGGUCCAGGACAACGGCACCAGCUACAAAGACCUGGACAUCAUCUUCGGUGUGGAGCUGCCCAAACAAGAGGACUUUCAGGUGAUCAAGGAGUCCGUCCUGGGCUGCCUCCUGAACUGCCUUCCAGCCGGGGUUAACCGGGAGCGGAUAAGCAGCGCCACCAUGAAGGAGGCCUACGUCCAGAAGAUGGUCAAGGUUUUCAACGAGCACGACCGCUGGAGCCUCAUCUCGCUCUCCAACAACAGUGGCAAAAACCUGGAGCUCAAGUUCGUGAGUGCUCUCAGGCGGCAGUUCGAGUUCAGCGUGGACUCCUUCCAGAUCAUCCUGGACCGUCUGCUGGAGUCCUACUUACAGCUGGAGGCCCAGCAGCCCCCCGGAGGGGCAACUUCUGACCAGAGCAAGCCUCUCCAAUUACCUGGCAAGGUCCCCGCUAUUGAGGUGCUGGCGGAGAGCAUGUACGGCGACUUUGAGGCCGCCAUGGACCACCUGCGCUGCCGCCUGAUUGCCACCAGGAACCCGGAGGAGAUUCGCGGGGGCGGGCUGUUGAAGUACAGCAACCUCCUAGUCAGGGACUACCGACCAGCCAGCGAGACCCAGAUAAAGACGCUGGAACGCUACAUGUGCUCACGGUUCUUUAUAGAUUUCCCCGACGUGCAGGAGCAGCAGCGGAAGAUCCUGUCCUACCUGAAGAACCACUUCAUCGGGGAGGAGAGGAGCAAGUACCAGUACCUGAUGACUCUGCGGCGCGUGGUCGACGACAGCACCGUGUGUCUGAUGGGCCACGAGCGGCGGCAGACCCUCAACAUGAUCACGGUGCUGGCCCUCAGAGUCUUGGGAGAGCAGAACAUCAUCCCCAACACGGACCACGUCACGUGCUUCUACCAGCCUGCCCCGUACAUGGCCGAGCACAGCGCCCCCUACCUGGCCGAGGCCAGCUACUGCAGCUACUACAUCCCACAGGGGGGAUCCACUCUGCUGUACCAGCCUUACCCCUUACACUUGCACACACAGACCGGACUGGUUUGA